CGUCAUCUUUAUACGGGAGCUGAAGCAUUAGUCAAGCAUCUUGCUGCUCUUCAGCGUGUGUAUAGUACACGUUCUGUGCGCUCGAGGACCAUUCUCAAGCUCGGGAAUCACACCAUGUUCGGCACUCAAUUUGCCAACUGUCUCACCAACUUCCUAUCAGAAGCCUCGUCCUCACUCUGUAACUGUCAGGCGUACGUAGCAGCGCGAUUGAGCCGUCACCGUCGGAGAUCGGCGUUUAGUCACUCGAGCUCAACUCUGACUGACCAUGUGAGCAUGAAGCAGUUGAGUGGAGAGAAGGCGGUAUGUCUUGCUGACUUGGGACUGCAGCAUCUUCCGCAAGACUGGAUCGAGAGGUUACGUGAAGCUGACGCGGUGGCUGAUGGAGGGAGACGCUCGAGUGUGGCGUACACGUCUUACGUGUCAACAGAGUCUUUCUUUGAGAACAAACAUGGUUUUCCUAAGCAUCUCUUAUCACCCAAUACAAGACAAAACCUUCCCUCCAUCUUCUCUGAUCAAUUCAACAUGUACCGACUUCAGUCAAUUCGCUCAUUAUCAACACACCCAUUCGGUCUUCGUCAACAACACAGAAGUAUGACACAAGUAACACAGAGAUAUCUCAUGGACUUGGAGCGGCUAGCAAACAUGCACCCCAAUGAGGCCGCCAUACAGGCAGCUUAUCUUCAGGCUGUAGUACACGAGGAUCCUCAGUAUGUUAUUCGACGGUUUGAGAGUGGGAAAUAUGCAUCGAACGAAGAAUGCACUAGUGUGUAUCAACAGGCUAAAAGGCUUAAUGCAAAUGUUCGUUUGUCAACAAUUGGUUCUCGCUCACGAAAUUACGAAGAACGUCAGUCGGCCGGAGAGCAGCUUACUGAUAUCGGGAGACUCGGAUCAGAGAACAAGCCUUUACAUGUUGUACAACAAUCCAGCAAAUCCUCCUUUUUUUGGAAUCAGCUAUUCAACACUCUCAAGUAUGUGGUGGGUCUCAUUAUUUUGGUUUCCGUGUUUGAUGCCGCUUUCCAGAUGAGAGGAAUGACAACAAAUCAUAAAUCCGUUCUUCCCGACAGGUCAGACAGGAAAUAUCGUUUUGAAGACGUUCAAGGAGUGGACGAAGCGAAGGAAGAACUGCAAGAGGUCGUGGAGUUUCUUCGUUCACCAGACAAAUUUAAACGACUGGGAGGGAAACUUCCAAAGGGUGUACUUCUCAUUGGGCCCCCUGGCACUGGAAAGACGUUGCUAGCUAGGGCUGUAGCUGGAGAGGCUGGCGUUCCCUUUUUCUUUUGUUCUGGUUCAGAGUUUGAUGAAAUGUUUGUUGGUGUUGGAGCCGCCAGAGUUAGAAAUCUAUUCAGUGCUGCGAAGGAGCACGCUCCGUGUAUCGUUUUUGUGGACGAGCUGGAUGCAAUCGGUGGUCGGAGAAUAAAGAACGACGUUCAGCCGUACUCAAGAAUGACUCUCAAUCAACUUCUUGUAGAAAUGGAUGGGUUUGAGCAGAACAGUGGAGUUGUUGUCAUUGGGGCGACAAACUUUCCAGAAGUACUCGACGAAGCUCUCGUUCGUCCUGGUCGGUUUGACAGUAAGAUUGUAAUCGCAAUGCCGGACGUGAAGGCACGACACGACAUCCUGAAGGUCCACGUGAAAGACAUUCCACUUUCAAAAGAUGUGGAUCUUCAGAUAAUAGCUAGAGGGACGUCAGGCAUGACUGGUGCCGAUUUGGCUGGUGUAAUUAAUCAAGCAGCGAUACGCAGUUCAGCAAUAGGUAAAGACGAUAUCACGAUGAUAGAAUUGGAGUGGGCGAAGGAUAAGAUCAUGAUGGGACCCGAACGUAAGAGUGCGGUCAUCGACGAUGCGUGCAAACGUACCGUUGCCUUUCAUGAAGCCGGUCAUGCACUGGUUGCUGUACACACUGACGGAGCUCUUCCUGUACAUAAAGCUACGAUCAUGCCACGUGGCCCUGCGCUCGGUUUGGUAGCACAGUUGCCAGAAAAAGACGAAUUGCUCUUAUCGAAAAAGCAACUAUUGGCAAAGAUGGACGUUGCGAUGGCAGGACGAGUGGCCGAGGAGUUAAUCUUUGGAAACGACAACGUAACAACAGGUGCGUCUAGCGAUUUCGAGCAAGCCACAGCGAUAGCCUCUAGUAUGGUCGCUCGGUUUGGUAUGAGUGACAAGGUCGGACCGGUUCUGCAUCGUCUCGAUGUGCAUUCCGACGUUAGUCCCGAGACUCGUCAUCUCAUAGAAGUCGAAGUGAAACGUCUCUUACAGGAAUCAUACGACCGAGCUUCGCAUGUGCUCAGAAAACAUGCCAGUGAACAUCGUCUGUUGGCCGAAGCACUGCUCAAGUAUGAGACUCUGACAUUGGAUGAAAUAAAGACCAUUAUAUCAGGAAAGAAUUUAGAUAGGAAGUUGUAGCUUGGUAAUUUAUGACAAUUGUAUCCGCUGACUUCAGUUUGUUUCUCGAGUGUUGCAAACACGAUGAGUUUCAGACGGUGGGAUAUGUAUGUACUCAAUGCUACUGACCAUUGUUGUGAUUUUAUGGUGGGUUUAAUAUUUGUAGUUGUCAGUGAUGGUAAGCAUUGGUGUUGCUUGAACUCGAAAGUCUUAUGAUGACAUUGAAAUGUA